GAGCGAGAGAGGACGGCAGAGGGGAAGAAAGGGAGAGGACGGAGAGAAGAGGAGGAGGAGGACGCUCGGAACGCGGCCCCACGGAAACGGACGAGAGAGAGAGAGAGAGACGCACCCCCGCGACAGGUUGCCUUCCAAGAUGGCUGCAAUGAGGGAGCAGCAGUUCACCGAGGAGAAACCCCUCCUGCCGGAACAGAGGCCCGGCCAGGACGCCGACGCGGAAAACUGUGACGUGUUCGUAGCCACGGGAGACUGGAAGGAGCACGACAUCGACACGCCCUACGGGAUGCUCCACGUGGUGAUCCGGGGCGCGCCCAAGGGGAACCGGCCCGCCAUCCUCACCUACCACGACGUGGGGCUCAACCAUAAGCUCUGCUUCGGCUCCCUCUUCCAGAACGAGGACAUGCAGGAGAUCACCAAGCACUUCGCCGUCUGCCACGUGGACGCGCCGGGGCAGCAGAUCGGAGCGCCGCAGAUGCCACAGGGGUAUCAGUACCCCACCAUGGACCAGCUGGCCGGCAUGCUGCCCAGCGUGGUGCAGCACUUCGGCUUCAAGAGCAUUGUGGGAAUCGGAGUCGGCGCCGGAGCCUACAUCCUGGCCAAGUUCGCUCUGAUAUUCCCCGACCUGGUGGAGGGACUCGUGCUUCUGAACAUCGACCCCAACGGGAAGGGCUGGAUCGACUGGGCGGCGAGUAAGCUGUCGGGGCUGACCACCGCGCUGCCAGAUACCGUCCUGCCACACCUGUUCAGCCAGGAGGAGCUGGUCAGCAACACGGAGUUGGUUCAGAGCUACAGGCAGCAGAUCAACAACACGGUGAACCAGUUCAACCUGCAGCUCUUCUGGAACAUGUACAACAGUCGCCGAGACCUGGAGAUGAACCGCACCGGGACAGUGCUGAACGCCAAGACCCUCAGGUGCCCCGUCAUGUUGGUCGUCGGAGACAACGCCCCCGCUGAGGAAGGAGUGGUUGAGUGUAACUCCAAGCUGGACCCCACCAACACCACCUUCCUGAAGAUGGCGGAUUCUGGCGGGUUGCCCCAGCUGACGCAGCCCGGCAAGCUGACCGAGGCGUUCAAGUACUUCCUCCAGGGGAUGGGCUACAUCGCGUAUAUAAAGGAUCGGAGGUUGAGUGGAGGGCCAGUGCCGUCGGCUAGCAUGACGCGCCUGGCCCGGUCUCGGACGGCGUCGCUAACCAGCGCCGGCUCGGGCGAGGGCCCCCGGUCGCGACCCUGCACCCACUCGGACAGCGCCGAGGGCGUGGCCCAGCUCAACCACACCAUGGAGGUGUCCUGCUGAAGAGGAGGGGGGCGGAGCCAAGGGGGGCGGGGCC